UAACGGUACAUGUGCGUACCUUCAAUUCAAUAUAUACGUAUAAUCAAAGAUGGUUGUUUACAGUACCGUUUCUCCAAUUAAAUUUUUGUUUUGCUCAUAUCAAUCAUUAAGACUGUUCAAAUGUAUUAAUUAAGUAGAGCCAAUACUUUAGGAGCAGACUGAGAAUGCUCUAAAACAUGAUAUAUUUUAAAAACACUGAUGACAAAUAAUAAAUUUUGUUUAUUAAUUAACACAUAUUACAUUGUAAGCGUUAUCACUGUGCAAUAACAAGUUAAUAAGAAGAUUAAAUACUCUACACAGUCAAGAUGUUUGUGUACUUGAGUAAAAAAAUAGCAAUACCAAAUAACUUCCGGCUCAAUUGUAUAGCAUGGAACCAAAAGGAAGGAUAUAUAGCAGUCGGAGGAGAGGAUGGAUUGUUGAAAGUACUCAGAGUGGAUUCUAAUGCUAGUGGUUCUAUCAGCGGUGGAAAGUCUCGUAUUUUAACUGCUGCCAGUAAUUUAAGUAUGAAUCAGACUUUGGAAGGUCACAAUGGACAUGUGCAAGUAGUUACUUGGAAUGAACAGCAUCAAAAAUUGACCUCUAGCGAUCAAAAUGGCGUGAUCAUUGUUUGGAUGUUGUAUAAAGGUUCUUGGUACGAUGAAAUGAUAAACAAUUGUAAUAAAUCAGUUGUAAAAGGAAUGUCAUGGAGUUUGGAUGGUCUAAAGAUCUGUAUAGUUUACGAAGAUGGAACAGUCAUUGUGGGAUCGGUUGAAGGUAAUAGAAUCUGGGGAAAAGAGUUGAAGAAUGUAUCUCUCGCUGCUGUACAAUGGUCUCCUGAUGGAAAACUCCUACUGUUUGGAUUGAAGAAUGGUGAAGUUCAUCUUUACGACAAUCAAGGUGUCUUUUUAACAAAGUUGAAUAUGAUACCAGUCAACAGUGGACAAUCUCAAACUAUAAUGGCACUGCAAUGGUAUGAUGGGAGGAAUGGUUAUAUUGCUUUGGAUUGCCCAACGCUAGCUGUUUGCUAUCGAAAUGGCAAAGUACAACUUAUGAGAGAUACAAGCGAUGAUAAUCCAAUUGUAAUAGAAACUGGUCUGACAGCAGCAUGGUGUUGUUGGAAUAGCUGUGGUUCUUUAUUGGCAGUGACAGGUCUGACGACUUCGUUGGGUAAUGGAGAAACAAAAGAUACAAAUGUUAUUCAGUUCUAUACUCCAUUUGGUAAACACAUGAGAACCCUGAAAGUACCUGGUAGAGAGGUCACAUGCUGCGCAUGGGAAGGAGGAUCUCUCAGAGUAGCUUUGUCAGUUGAUUCUCACAUAUAUUUUGCAAAUAUUCGCUUGGAUUACAAGUGGACUUACUUCAGCAACACGGUUGUGUACACGAAUGAAAAGAUUGGUAAAGAUGGUAUUUGUAUUAUGUUUUGGAAUACUGUUAACAAUACAUGUUGCAAUAAAUAUGUAAGAGCAUUGAUAUCAAUAGAUUCGUAUGGAGAGCACUGUGUUUUAGCGGUGAAAAACGAUCUUGUACAGGGAUCAGAACAGUUUGCUCUUUUAGUUUGCAAUUCGAUAGCCACUCCAAUAGACACGAAGUUCAUAGAUUUGGAGCCAUUAUGGGUAACCAUGACUAACAGCGUUGUUGUUACAGCAUCCAAGAACAAUUUUUUGGUAUGGAGUUAUCGUACUCCACGUAAUAGCAUGUUACAUUCAGGACGGCUUAAGAGAGACAAGAUUUAUCACAUUGAUGAAACUCCAACUGGAGUGACAGAAGUAAUUCAAGAUUUAGAUAAAGACAGAUCAUUUGUAACGCCUAUCAACACUAAAGCUACUAUGGACCCCAUAUGCUGUCUAUCCGCGACUGACAAUGUUUUGUUAGUAGGCAGGGAAUCUGGAAUGAUUCAGCGCUAUUCCUUGCCGCAGAUAACUCUUACAAACAGAUACAACACAGCUUGCAAACUUUCUAAAAUCGCAAUCAACUGCGACUCAACUCGCGUGUCCAUCAUGAAUACGAAUGGUAUCUUGACCAUGUUGGAUUUAGAGGUAGAUUCUAAAAGGAACGGUUCCAAGGAUGGUGAGUCGGGAGAUGAUAUAAACAAAUUUGAAAGGAAAGACGUAUGGGCUAUGUGCUGGGCACAAGAUAAUCCAACUCUAUUAGCGAUCAUAGAAAAGACUCGAAUGUACGUUCUGAGGGAAUUCGACCCAGAAGAACCGAUACCUUGUUCUGGAUACAUAUGUUCAUUCCAGGAUUUGGAAAUACGUUGUGUUUUGUUGGAUGACCUCAUGCAGAAGCCAGAGGACACAAGGAGCGAGUUGAUCGUAGAUUUAGAAGUAAAGUCUUUGAGAGACACAAGAGAGUUGCUUAACAAAGUAGGACUGAAGGAAGCAAAUAACUUCAUUCAGGACAAUCCUCAUCCACGAUUGUGGCGUCUAUUGGCGGAGUCUGCGCUGAAGAAGUUGGACCUGGAGACUGCUGAAAAUGCGAUGGUUCGUUGCACAGAUUACUUGGGUAUACAAUUUAUAAAGCGUUUGCAAAACGUGCACAACGAUCAGCUGAAGAAAGCCGAAGUAGCGGCGUACCUUGGUAACUAUGACGAAGCGGAGAAAUUGUAUUUGGACAUGGACAGAAGGGACCUGGCGAUUUUAUUGCGCCAAAAACUGGGAGACUACUUCCGCGUGGUGCAACUUAUGAAAAUGGGCAUUGGUGGAUCCGACAAGCAGAUGGAAUAUGCUUAUAAUAAAAUUGGAGAAUACUAUGCUGAAAGGCAGAACUGGGAGGGUGCGAAAGAGUACUACGAAAAGAGCAGAAACUUGGAGAAACUCAUAGAAUGCUACUACAAGUUAGAAGACUUCGUUCAACUGGCAGGAACGGUGCAGCAAUUACCGGAUAAGAGUUCUUUAUUGAAAACAGUCGCAAGGAUGUUAGCAUCUGUUGGCAUGUGUUCUCAGGCAGUUGCAGCUUACAUAAAAUACGGAGACGUAAAGUUGGCCGUCGACACUUGCGUUCGUUUGAAUCAUUGGGACCAGGCAGUCGAACUAGCUAGGACUUAUAAAAUGGCCCAAAUCGGAGAAUUGUUGAAUAAAUAUGCUAUUCAUCUUUUAUCGAAUGGCAAGAGACUGCAGGCGAUAGAAUUAUAUAAGAAAGCAAAUUACAACUUGGAAGCAGCCAAGUUGCUCUUCCAAUUGGCUAGAGAGCAGACAAGAAGUAGAACGAAUCCAUUGCGCGUGAAGAAGAUAUACAUUCUGGCAGCGUUAUUAAUCGAGGACCACAUUAAUAGUACUCCAGCUAUUAAAGGAGCCCGAAGUAGCAUUGUGAUGGGUUUAGCAGAGAACAACGAAGACACUCGUGUGAUAGAAAAUGCCUGGAAGGGUGCAGAAGCUUAUCACUUCCUUUUAUUGGCUCAUAGACAGAUAUAUUCAGGACACUUUGACGAAGCUAUGAAAACAGCUUUGCGACUCCGAGAAUAUGAAGAUAUUUUGGAACCAGAGGACAUUUACUGUCUGCUUGCUUUAUCUAGUGCUGUUAAUCAAGCCUUUGCUGUUUGCUCCAAGGCGUUUAUCAAGUUAGAGUCAUUGGAGACUAUCCCGGAAUCGACUAGAGAAGAGUACGAAGACUUGGCAGUCGAUAUUUUCACCAAGAACAGUCCAAACGACGUGCGCAACUCCAAAGCGGAAUGUGCAAAUUGUGAGAGCCUUGUCCCGGAUUGGUGCGUCGCUUGUCCCAAUUGUAUGACAAGAUUUCCUCCUUGUAUUAUUUCUGGAAAGCCGCUAAUGGAUCUCAGUAAUGCGUGGAUAUGUACCGUUUGCAGACAUCAUGUCGCCACAGAACGCGACGUCGUUAAUAUUAAUGCUUGCCCCUUGUGCCACAGCACAGUUACGUAUAUGUAGCUCGUCCAAGUGAGUAUGUACUGCGCAAGCAUGGCACUUACGAUUCGUUGUUUUAUUUUAUAUGCUUAACGUGUACAAAGCAUGUUACAGCUUCACGUAUAUACACUUGGCUCGAAACAAUUAGAGGUACAACAAUUGAAGAAAAUGAUUGCAUUAAAAAAAAAGAAGUCUAGUCCAGUGUACUGAGUUGGAAUAAUCAAAUAAUUUAUUUUUAUCCAAAAGAUAGGAGGAAAACGAUGAAGGAAAAAACACGAAUGAAUUAUAUAUAAAAAAUGUUUAAUGGACAAAUUGUAAAUUAGCAAUCUCUUAAUUGUUUUGAGCAGUAUUCAUUACUAGAAUAUAGUCGUUUAUGUACAGGGCGAUUCUUUACAUUUUUAAAUUAAUAGCAGUUACACUCAAGCAAUUAAUUUUAUCAGUGCAAUUGCACCAAAACAAAAAAUAUAUUAUUGAAAGAUACUGUUGUAUCAAUUUUUUGUAUCCAUGUUUGGGAAUGAGUUAUAGCUUGCUCCAGUUCCUAGAUUCAUCCUGUAUAUUGCAAACUGGAUACGUGAUUUUGGAAAGUGGCACAGCAUGACACACCAAAAACAAAACAAGUUUGCUUUAUAUGGUGCGAUACAAAAAAUUAAUAAUGUCUGAUCUCAGUUAUAAGUUCAAAAAUAUUUAUGUAUUUUACAUGGUAUAUUAUUAUGGAAUAUUCCUUAUAUAAAUUAUUGUUGACAUUAACGUAUAGCAAUGAGAACUUGUGCGACACUUCGUUAAAAUUUAGAUUACAGACUUUAGAAUUAGUAUUGAAAGACUGCAUCUUUUGUUUUAGACUUCUGUUCGUUAUAGAAGAAGAAAACUAUGACACAUAUUUAUUUAUUUUUUAUUGUCUAAUAAUUUGUAUACACUAAUAAUUAGAAUGAUAUCAGGUUUCAAAAUGUUUUAAUAUGUAGAUGGAAUUUAUAAUAGGUAAUAGAAGUAUUUCCGUCCAUUAAUUAAGGUAUUAAUGCCGUCCAAUGCUAUAAUGCAUCAACAAGAAAUUGAUAAUAUCUACACGAAGACAUUAAGAGUGGCCUUCGAUUAUAAUCUUUGUCCAUCGUAUUUUAUGCUUCUCAUAUUGUCAACCAUUGUUUGCAUUAAACAUAUUUUCAA